UUGUACUUUUCGAAUAGGAAAUGAAAUGGAUAAACAUACGAUCAAGUAUUAAAGGGAGGGACGAGUGUCGCGACAGGUGCAAUUCUCAAGAGCUAGACUAGCUAGAUUGUAUGUACGAGGUCGCACGUUGAUGUUGGUCUGUCCGAAGGAACGGUGAUUUGAAAAUCGCUAUAUUUACACGACGAUUCCUGGAACGGACCAAAAAAAAUUGUAUUCUCACAACAGCAGCUUGUACCGAUCGACUUUACGGCGAGCAGAACUGUAACGCGUAAACGGCGUACAAGUAUCGACGAUAGCGCGCGCGCAGUGUGUGUGUGCCGGAAGAAAUUUUACGUUAGGAUAAGGCCUCUUGUACGACGAUAGAUACGACUGAAAAAAUGGCUGUACCGUCAGAGAACGUCAUGAAUACAAACCUCGACGAUCCUGUAACAAAGGCAGUGGUCGAUAAUAUAAUGGGUAAUCUGCCUACAAAAAAACCUCUCGUUCGAUGCGAAGACUGUGACCUUUCCUUUACAAGUCAGGCAGUAUUAGAUACACACUUACAGGGCGCACGUCAUGCCAAACAAGUAAGAUCUAAGAAUAUAAUGGCAACUCUUGAGGAAACAAAGAUCUCAUUUACCAAGGAUGAAGAGACAAACGGGCUGAAAUGCAAUGUAUGUAACGUGUGCCUGAAUUCAAUUCAGCAAUUACAAACGCACCUCAAUGGAAGCCGCCAUAAAAAGAAAUUAAUGAGAGGUGAAUGGGAUGGGAAAGAGUCCCAAGGUCCUCCAUUGAAGUCGCCUACUGGUACUAAAUUGUCUGUUGCCAGGAAAAAUGACUACCUUAAAUGCGAUAUAUGUAACAAAUUCUUCAACUCUGGAUCUCAAUACAGUGUGCAUAUGAAUUCGGAGAAACAUGCUGAUAAAGUGAGGAGAUCUUUUAAAGAUCCAAAUAAAUCCAAAGCAUUUGUUCCGUAUUGGAGAAGACCAAAACAUCCAAGAAAUACGACUCCCAAGCAACAGAUACCAUCUCUGUCACUCAGCUUUGUAUCUGGCAAUUUUACAUAUCCGCAAUAAGUUACAUAAUUUGCACGUCUCAUUUGAGUUAUAUACUU